CGCUAGGAAAGAGGAAAUGCGUAGACAAACAGUCACUAGGAAGCUUAACAUGGCGUCAGAUUUAAACGGUUCAAGAAGUAUUUAGCAAUUUGCCGCUUGCAGGGGCAGAAUCAGACAGCCUGAUACAGUUAAAUAUCAACUAUGCCGACUGAGGAACCCGUCAGUUCUGAUCGUCGCCGAACACACAACCGGGACCAGCCUAGGCGCAAGCACAGCGGACGGCCCAAGUCUCCGUCGCUGCGGGCGACACAUCCGCGAGCCGUGGUGAGCUCCGCCACGACCGCGGAUGACGAGAUCAACAGGGUGAAGGAGGUGGUGCCUCCGUGCGAGGAAUGCGAGGCGGGUACGGAGGCGCUGAGAUGGCGGGUGGCGAAGCUGGAGCUGGAGAAGCUGGAUAUGGUCUCCACACACAACCAGGAGGUGUCGGGGCUGCAGGCGGGGCAGGCCAGGCUGAGGGCGGAGCUGGAGCGAGGGGAGGAACAGCUGCAGGAGCUGCAGUACCAGCUGACCCUCACCAGGAGAGAAGCUGCAUCAUCACACCACCACACCUCCACCCUCACUGCCACCCUCACCUCCCUCACCACCCAGAAGCAGCUGCUGCAGGAGCGUGCUGCGGAGCUGCAGCAGAGUGUGUGUAACCUGCAGAAGGCUCUGGAGAUCUCCCGCCAGGCGCGGCAGGAGGACCAGCAUGCCUUGCAGCAGGACCUGGAGGAGAGGGACCAGCUGGUGCUGAACGCCAGCGCAGAGAACACACACCUCACCGCCGAGAACACACGCCUACACACACUGCUGCAGGAGCAGGAGGCUGUGCUCGGAGAACUGAAGAAGAGGCUGGAGGAGGGAGAGAGGGAGAGAGAGAGAGAGAGGGAGAGGGAGAAAGAGAGGGAGAGGGAGAGAGCUCGGAGGAUAAGCAGUGAUCUGGAGCUGAUCACCGCCCGCGAGGAGAAGAUCAGGAGAGACCUGGAGGGGGCCCAGCAGAGAGUGAGGAGUCUGGAGGACAGCAUAGAGACAGAGAGAGCUGCUCACCUGGAGACCAAGUUCAACUCUGAGAUCAUCCAGCUGCGUCUCAGGGACCUGGAAGCAGCAGUGCAGGCGGAGCGUGUCGGCCAGCAGGAGGCGCUGUCCAGCUUACAGCAGCUCAGAGACACACAUACACCCCUCACCCUGGAGAGAGACAGGCUGCAGAAGGAGCUCCACAGCUCCCAGGCUGAGCUGCUGGAGGAGCAGAGACUACACACACAGCUCCUGGGUUCAGUGGAGAAGGAGAGGAGAGACGCAGCACAGCUGAGAGACCAGAUCCUGGAGGAGCAGAGACUACACACACACACACGCACACAGCUGGACAUGGUAGCCCGGAGGCAGCAGGAGGUGCAAGAGCUGUAUGAGAGCAGCAUCAGAGACACACAGCUGCUGCUGCAACAGCACACCUCAGACCAGCACACCUCACACCAGCACAACUCAGACCAGCACAACUCAGACCAGCACAACUCAGACCAGCACAACUCAGACCAGCACAACUCAGACCAGCACAACUCAGCAUCACUCUCCUCAGGUGUGUCAUCCGUAGAGACAGGAGGAAAGCCAUCUGAACUGAUGGACCUGCUGAAGACCACUCUGACUACCUACCAGCACACCCUGCAGCAGACUAGAGCACAGGUCCAGGAUCUGCUCCAGCAGAAGGAGUAUAGCCAGCAGCUGAUCUCAGAACACCACAGGAGGAUAGAGGACUGUGGAACGAUGCUGACUGGCUGUCAAGAAGAGGUGGGACGUUUGGAAUCUGAGUGUUCUGAUUGGAUGAGCCAGAGCCAGAAGGCCCAAUCAGAACUCCAGGUGGCCCUGCAGACCCUGGAGGAGGAGAGAGAGAGGAGAAGGGAGAAAGAGAGGGAGGAGAGGGAGAGAGAGGAGGAGAGAAAGAGGGAGAAAGAGAGUGCUGCAGGCGCACUGACCGAAGUUCAGAACAUCACAGAACUCUACGAGAAAGACUCCCAGGGGAAGCUGGCCUUCCUCCUCUCUCUCUACCAGCGUCUCCUGGCCGGCUGUGUUCUCCUUCCUCACACGCACAGCAUGCUGGGAAGCUUCUCCUGGGCGGAGCUCUGUGAUGUCAUACAGGAACAUGUCGACACCCUGACCUCCGACCUCUCCCACGCCCACGACAGGGUCAGUCUGCUGGAGGGGGUGUGUGACAGGAGGAGUGAGUGUGUGCGUGAGUUGGAGCAGAGACACAGGAGUGUGUUGGAGACCAUGAAACAGAGAGAGGACACCUGGAACACACACACACACCUGCUGGAACAGAAACACCUCACACACACCGCCCAGAUGCAGGACAAGAUCCAGGUGUGUGUCUCCCAGCUUCAGGCCCUGCAGGACAGAGAGCGUUCCCUGGAGUGGGAGCGCUCGGCCCUGCAGGGGUCCUGCCUGCUGCUGGGGGGGGCUCUGGGGCCCCUGCUGGAGCGCUGCCACGCCCUCUCUCUGCUGGGGCGGGGGAGGUGGGUGUGUGUGGUGUUGGCCGUGAACCGUAUGCGGGCGCUGGGACGGAGGGCUAGGCUGCUGUUUAGACUGGAGGGGGAGAUGGGGGAGGGGGGGAGGGCAGGGGUGUGUGUGAGGUGGCUCCGCAGCCAGCAUCUGUCCUCAGACAUCCUGGAGGCCAUGACACCACUGCGGGACGCCCUGGUACACACAGACUCUUCCCCCCCAGACGUUCUGUCUGCGGCCCGCAGCAGUAUGUCCCGCCUCCUGGACCUCCUUCUCCACCAAUCAGAUGCCAGCUCCAGCCUCCCUUCCUGUGGAGGAGACAAGUGUUCCCUAGCUACCAGACUGGGCCGAGGCCUAGACCAGCUCAACACCAGAGAACACAGCAGCCAGUCCUUAGUGGCCACACUGCAACAGCACUUCCUGGUUUUCACCCAACGGCUGCACUCGGCUGAGGUGGAGAGGCGGGGCCUGCGGCUGGAGGUGGCUUGUCUGAGGCAGGCGGGGCAGAGCUCUGCCCCCUGCUGUCAGGACCCCAAAGACCAGGGGCAGGCAGAGCGUUUCCAGAGUGUGUGUUUGGAGUUGAGGAAGGCUCUGGACAGAGAGCACACAGCCCAGAAACUGCUGCAGGAGCAGGGCCAGAGUCUAGCGGAAGCGAAGCGGGAGGUCCGUCGUAAGGAGCAGUCGUUGAGGAUUCUGGGUAAGCACCUGUCAGCGCUGCAGCAGGAGAGGAGGAGUCUGGAGGAUGCCUUACACACUGCUACCAGGAGUCAGGACUCCCUGGUCAGCUACAUGAGGACAGCAGAGAGCAGGUACAGAGAGGCCAGGGAUAGUAUCCUCCAAUCACAGGGCUCUUUAGUGAGCAAAGACCGCCCCCUCCUGCUACCCAGGAUGCAUCUGGAGCCGGCGGGAACAGAGAGGAUUAUGGGAGGAGAACAUGUGGUGGCAUGCCAGAGCCUAUCGGCUACCUUCUCUGAGCUGUGGCAGGCAGCCUGCUCCAGGAUUGGUGCGUUGGAACAGGAAGUGUCCGCCCAGAAGCAGCAUGUGUCCGCCCUCAGGGCGGAGCUUAAGGACGCCUGCCUCAGAGAAAGCCUGGCCCUCGUGGCCGAGCCCCCCUCUCCUGACCCUGCCUCUGUCCUGCUGAGGGGGCCCCCCUCCUCCCUGCCCCCCAGGGCAGCUAAGGGCCCAAAGAAGCCCCCCAAGAAGAGUCGGACUGGGGCCAUCAGGUCUCUGAGCAGGAGUUAGAGACCCAGCCCCCCCCCUGGAGGACCAGCCCCCCCCUGGAGGGCCAGCCCCCCCCUGGAGGACC